GCCUUCUCCUCCUGUAUGCACGAGAUUCCCGCGGUCAACAUUCAAACAUUUGAUACUGUGUGUGUGGCGCGAACCGUUGGCGGGAGACAGUGUGAGCUGAGCUGUGAUGGCCAAACGGAUUGCUGAAAAAGAGUUGACAGACAGGAACUGGGAUCAGGAAGAUGAAGGCGAGGAGGCAGGAAUGUUUUCAAUUGCGAGUGACGAUGUGAUGAAGAAUCGCGCCAUCAAGAAAGCCAGGCGUCGUAACGUAGGAGCAGAGGGAGAGAGUGGAGGGUCUUUCAAAGCAUUUAAGGGGUUCUCUCUGACCCCGGCCACAGGGUCGACAUCAUUCUCUGGCUUCGGUAAUGGUGCUGGUUUCAAACCUCUCUCCAGCCUGACCAAUGGCAGCGUAGCAUCGGUGGCCCCAUCCUUUGCUGGUUUUAAUGUUCCCACAUCUGCUAAAACUAACAGUGGCCCCUUAACGUUCAACAGCUCCACCCCCUCCAAACCCACAGAUGGUGAUGUCACCUCUAAUGGCUCCGCCCCUAGCAGUAAAGAAUACAACCGGCAGCUCACCGCACUAAACUGCUCUGUGCGCGACUGGAUCACCAAGCAUGUCAAUGACAACCCCCUGUGCGACCUCAACCCCAUCUUCAGUGACUACGAGCGACACCUGGCCAGCAUCGAAAAGAAAUAUGGCAACUGUGCAUCAGAAAGCGGGGCGGAGAGCACGUCGUUUGGAGGGGAGCAGAAGCAGGUUCUGUCGAGCGGAACAGCUGCUUCUGUUUCUGGCAUGAGUGCUGCUGUGACCGCGUCUGUUAGUAGUGCAGCGCCACAGCUCUUUUCAUUUAAAGACAAGGAUGUUGCUGCACCAGACAAACCAGCAGCGGUGGCUCCUCCAGGCGUCUCCUUUAAUUUUGGCCAAAAGGUGGACAGCUCUGUGCUAGGCACACUUGCGUCCAGCGGAGCACCUUCGUUCUUGUUUUCCUCUUCUUCAGGCGUGUCUGUGUUUGGAACAGCCGUCAGUAGUGUCAGUCCUGCGGUGUCAUCCUCUCUGAAUGCAGCCAGCAGCAGCCAGACUGCAGAUGAGAAUGGAGAGGAAUCAGAGGAGCCACCUGUUCCUGUGGUGAAAGAGAUCAAGGAGAAAGACGCCUUCUACUCCAAAAAGUGUAAGUUGUUCUAUAAGAAGGACGGAGAGUUUAAGGAGAAGGGGGUGGGAACACUGCAUCUGAAGAUGGUGGCUGAUAGCAAGCUUCAGCUUUUGGUGCGAGCUGACACCAACCUGGGGAACAUCUUGUUGAACAUCAUGGUGUCCUCUUCCAUGCCCUGCUCACGAACUGGCAAAAACAACGUGAUGGUGGUGUGUGUGCCAAACCCUCCUGUGGAUGACAAGAACCCAAACACACCCGUCCCAGUGCUCAUACGCGUGAAAACAGGAGAGGACGCAGACGAGCUGCAUCGAGUCCUGCAAGAGAAAAAAGCCUAAAGCAGC